CAAACCUCCAACCCUCCCCUUCAACGCAUGCGAACCGCGUGCAAUCAUCCUCCCACGUCCAGGCGACGAAAGCCGCGAAUAUUGAAGCAGGCUAUUCGUUUAGCUUGACGCCCUGGUUUUUUUCCGUAUCCCACAUUUGCUCGCAAAACCCCGACGCACAGACAUAUUGCCGGGAUAUCGACAGCCGCACGAACCUCCAGAACGCGGCGACGUCAAGCAGGAGACGAUUCGCGGAACUCGCGCAAACAACGAUAUCGUCUCUGGAGCGACAUUACUAGGGAGCAACAUUAUUAGAUGAAAUCGACACUAUUGGCGAUAGUUCCUUCGCGACCUCAGGCCACAUCUUAUCAUGGCCUCGAGAUACUCGCGAUACGAUCCCGACAGGCGGUCCAGGUCGCCUAGAGAUCGUUCGCCAGGUCGCUUUGACCCAGACAGGCGCCGGCCACCCGUCGAUGUAAGAUCUAAUGCGCCGGGCUUCCCGUCCGCGCGCGAUGAUUUUGGCGACCCCCCACGAAGAGAGCCGCCUAGAGGGCCUCGAGCUCUUGUCGACCCCCCCAGUGGACCGCGCGGUGGAUUUGGCGGCGAUUUCAGAGGCGGCCGUGGCCGUGGCAGGGGAUGGGCACCACGCGACGACAGCAGAGAUCGUGGCAGGGACAGAGAUCUAGAUUUCCGGGAUCGAUAUCGCGAUGAUCGGAACAGGGACCGUGACGGGCGCCCCUGGCCGCCGCGAGACCGCGACCACCGGCCACCGUACCCUCCGCGUGCGCGAUCGCCACUUGGGCGACCUCGUUCACCCCCAGACUUCCGCGACAGAGACAGAGAUGGACCUCCAGGACCCGACACGGAUAGGCCCCGACGCAACUCGCGAGACGGGCCGCCCUUUGUGGGUGCGUCGCCUCCCUCGGACAAACCCCAUUUCGACAUGCCUAGAGGCCGCGGCGGGUUCCGAGGCAGAGGUCGUGGGCGAGGUGACUGGGGCGCCGACCGUGGCCGUGGCCGAGCGCCUUUCGACGACCGAGGAGAUCGAUAUAUACGGAGUCGUUCCCAAGAAGGCCGACAGUGGAACCGCGAGCGUGAGGAGAGAGAACGCAUGGACAGGUUUGCCGACCCUGAACCGAGGCGCGACCCCCGAGAUGAUCGCGAUCGAGGUCCUGGCCCUGCUCCUGCGCCUGAGCGCGAGUUGUUUCGCGCCAAAAUGGAGGCUCGCGCCGCACCAGCCCAGGAGGGCCUACCGCAGUCUAGGGACGUUUCGCCUCCCCCGGUUGCGCCGUCCGCCCCAGCUUUUGGCUUGGUGCCCAAUCGAUCGGAUGUGCAAGGCGGACCUGGUGGCAUGAGUAGACCUCCCCCAACAGGUCCAAGGGCUUUGAGUGACCGGCAAGGUCAGGAGCCUCCGAGCGGGCCCUCUAGGAUGACAGACCACCAGGCUGUCCCCCCUUCAGGGCCACGUCACCAAACGCCCAAGCCGCAGCGAUCUACGAGUAACCAAUGGAUCAACCCGAAUUAUAGGAGAUCGCCCCAAAUGGCCAGAGCGCAAAGCUUUGCGCAGCCACGUCCAGCGCAUUCUCGGCCGGAAAGCUCGCAGUAUGACUAUUCGUACGACGACAGGCGACCGCGAAGUAGCGCUUCAAGGGGUGCUAUGGACUCGUUUGAGUGGGAGAAUCGCAGGCGAAGUCACAACAGUGUCGAGUCUGGCGAAAUCAUGAACCGUUCUGAUGACGAUAACCUUGAGAAGCCAGAGACGCACCACAGGCGUAGCAUGGAUGAGCCGAAUUCGAGAUACCUACCGAGCACGUCGGACCGCAAACCUGAGCCGCCUAAAGAAACUACCGAGCCUUCCAAGCCCCGGCAGCAGGGUCGAGUCGGCUUGAAAUCUGUUCGAUUCGCCAGGCGACGAGAAGUCAUACAACCCAAGGUCAUGCCUGAUCCGGACACGGAUUCCGAUGAGGAGGACUUGGGCGACUUUUUCAACCUCCAGAUCGAGCAGACGGAGGCGGAACUCAGCAAGCUGAAGAAGCCGGAGCUUCCGUUGGAGGUGGUGGCUCGUUUUGCAUCAACGUCCCACAGUGCCAUGGUGAAGAUUCUGAAUGAGCCGCAUGGCUUGGUGGAUGUUCUAGGGGAGAUCCCCAAAGAGCCUGCCAAGCCGAAUGACCAGGAGGUCUUGGUCGCGCAGCCCGCCAAGUCAUCAGUUGUUCUCAAGGAGGAAACGGCUGAUGUGCUAAUGGCGGAUGCUCAGACCGAGCCACCAGCGAGACCGAAGGAGGAGGAACAGCAGGCAAGGCUGGAAGAGACAGUCGUGCAGCCCAAGGCGACGAGCGACGGUCCUAUUGAGUCUGAUCUGAUGGAGGUCGACAAGUCAACGCCCGCAAAGCGAAAAACACCUGUUCCGGGCGACCAGCCAGCAGAGAAAACGGAUUCGGAAGCGGCGUCGGCUCAAGAGGUCAUCUUCGAGACCACGGAGGUGACGCCAGAAAAGGCUGCCGCAGAGGUCGAGGCCGAAUCUAGGAAAGUCGCAGCCGAGGAGAGUCUUUCUACAGAAAAGAAACCCUGGGCUGGUCCCGAUCAUGACCAAUCACCCAAAGUGCCCAGCACGCCGUCUCAAGUUGAGGACGACGGCGACGAUGAAGAAACCGAGACGGAGGAGGAGGAUGGCUACGUGGACAUGGAUGUCAUGCGCGGCCACAUGCUCACGCCGCCACUGGAGGAUCUGCCUCGUUUCGACGUCGAGCCAUUCAAUGGGGCAGAAGACCUAAUGACAUUGGACGACAACACUGACCUGAAUGCUUACAUUCUCCAGCACCUCGAAAAGGUCCAUCUCGACAAGACUGCUGAGCAGGAGCACGCACGGGCACAGUACGCGGAGGCUUAUCAUGCAUAUCUCAAGUUCACCUUGUCUGAUGAUCCCGUUGCCAUCAAGGUCCGUGACAAGCUUUCUGUUGCGGCGCCCAGCACAGAGGUCGUCAAUCCAGCUACACCAGAGCCAGCUAAACCCGAAGGCCGCAGCGCGCGGCGCUUCGGAUCGGAGAGAGAUUUGGAACUGGCGUUGCAGGCCUCUUUGCAGGAGCAAACUGAACGCGAAGAGCGAGAAAAGAAGACGCAGAGCGGGAAACAUCGCGGCGACAAGGAAGCCGAGAUUCCAGACAUGUACUGGGGCACUGAAGAGCAAAUGAAGGAGCAAUUCUUCGACACUUCAGGCUGGGUGCCGUCUAACCGUCUUGUAUCUACAUGGGAAGUGCUGCCCCCUACAAACAACUUCACGCCAGAGGAGGCAGAGCUCUUUGAGAAGAGAUAUCUUGAGCUGCCUAAGCAAUGGGGCAAGGUGGCUGAAGUUGUACCGAACCGUGACUUUGGUACUUGCAUUCAGUACUACUAUCUCAUGAAGAGGGAGCUCAACCUCAAGGAGAAGCUGAGGCGCCAGCCUAAGAAGCGCAAGAAGGGACGGGGCAAGCAGAGGUCCAGCGCGCUUGUAUCCGAGCUUGGCAAUGGAGAAGGCGAUGCAGACGACAAUACCACUGAGACUGGAGAGAAUGGCGAGACUCGACGCCGUCCACGCCGCGCGGCCGCGCCCACUUGGAAUUUCGAGCAGCCAGCCGUUCUACUGGAGACUGAGUCGGCAACGCCAGUAACCACGCCUGGUGGCCGACGAGGAGCUUCGGCCGCAGGUAAAUUGGACCAGCCUGACAAGCCAGACGGGCGGAAGAGAGGGCGAAAAACGGCCAAAUCAUCGGAACCGAAGAUUGCCAAACCUAAUCCCACCCUGGCUGCCGCGCCUGGUCCGGGGCAAACUCUGGCUCCUGUGCCAGGGCGCGCGCGCGCGCGCUCUGAUGUGAAAGGGCAACCGCAGCAGCCGCAGCCGCAGCAACCUCAACAACAAACACAGCUGCAGCAACAGAGGCAGCCGCCACAGGCACAGCAGCCAUUCGAGUUUCAGGGCGGCAUGCCCGGAGAUGUGCACCGCUUGCCCGCUCACUACGAGCAGCAACAGCCCAUUGGCAUGCAACCACCAUAUUCUAUCAACCAGCCGUCGAUACAAGCACAGCAGCAACAUCAACCACCGCAGUCGACGCAAACGCUCGAUCGAUCGCAACCUAUGCCGACGACCUCGUCCAUGGCAGAAGUCAUCGCCGCCCCUGCACUGCGGCCCGAGCCCCCAGCAUUACAGCAGUCGAGCUUAGCUGGGCCCUUCACCCAUGGACUGACGCAGUCUGACCGCAAGAACCCGGCGCAAGCAUCGAGCUACUGGAGCGUGUCUGAGUCGAAUGAUUUCCCGGGCAAUCUGCGUGCGUUUGGCUCGGACUGGACAGCCAUCGCGGCCCACAUGGGCUCCAAGACGGCAGUCAUGGUUAAGAACUAUUACGUCCGCCAAAAGGAAGGUGGCAAGAAUGAGUGGGAGAAGCUCGUUCGCGAGGCUGACAGUCAGCGAAUGCGCGGAGAAAAGCGACCAGACCCACCGAUACCGUCGACAAGCGGUCGCGGCAGGCGAUAUGACGGGUACGGCAACUCACGUCCGAUAGCAGCAGCGCCUGGUGGAGGCAUAGAACUCGCGCCUGAGGGCGUCGGACACCCUCUGGAUGGCGGCCAACCGCAGCAGGUCAGGACUCAGUUUGGCGCGUACAGUGUUCCCAUUGCACAGGCACCCGCUUCUCAUCAGCAGCAGCAACCGCAACCACUGGCUCCAGGCGUGCCAAAAUCCAUGUCCAUGCAGCCCCAGCCAAACGUCUCGCAGGCCAUGUCUCCGAACGGCGGGCCAACCCUCCGCGACCCUUCACAAUACAACCUUGCCGACAGAGAGCGUGAGAUAGAGCGCGAGCGCGAGCGGCACAGAGAACGGGAAAUGGAACGAGCACAACAGCGUGUGCCACUGCCUGGCAAGUCCGUCGGUCCCAUGGACACAGCUCGACGCGGGCUCCCCGGACAACCGCUCCACUCUAGCAGAGUGGAAGUGAUGCCAGAACGCUCGCAGCAGAUGGACAUGCUGCAUCAUCAACAGCAGCACCGAGAAAGGGAGCGUGAGAGGGAGCGUGAGCUAGAGCGCGAGCGCGAGAGAGAGGAGCAGCGAGAAGUGAUGGCGAGGCAAGCAGACAGACGUGGGGUCCCCGUCAAGGCCGAGCCUGACAUGUCUCAACGCGCGCCCCUCGACCCCUAUAGCAGGAUGGGUCACCAACAUCGGCCCGAGCCGCCUCGACAUGACCCCCUGUCGUUGUCUAGACAUGCUCAAGAGCCUCCUCGUCAUGGGCCGCCUCCAGCAUACUCCUCCGCGACUCACUCCGCGCCGCCUCCUCACCGCGGCUUACUGGGUGAGCAAUCCAGUGCACGAUCGCCGCCCCCCAUGGGACAUGCAAACGGGCCCCCAACCUCACGACCCAUGUCGGCGCUUCAGCACCGGCACUCGUCCAGCUCGGCACCAGACGUCUACGGCCAGCCUCCACCGCAAGCCUCGACGCCCGUUCCGGCUGCCGCGGCGGCCAGGGCACCUGAACCUCGCAAGUCGACCAUCAUGUCCCUGCUCAAUGAUGACAACGAUGCACCGACCCCUUCCAAGCGCGUCAGCGAUCUUGCCGGCUCUGGGAAAUCGUCCACGCCGCCGCCUCAGGGCGUGGGCCGCUCACCCGCGGCGUCUCAACCCCCGCAACACAUGCGUCGCGACUCUGGCCCGUACUCGCCCUUUGGUCGUCCACCUUCGACCUCGGCACCGGGCAUGCCAUCCCUGAAGCCCACGUACAGCGGCCCCCCUAGUCAGCCGUCCAGAUCAGCUUUGAGUAUGUCUGUGGAUCCACCCCAGACGGAGAGGGACUACUUCCGACAGCAGCAAGGAUAUCACCCAAGCAGCGCCAACGAGUCUCCACAGCCGACGCCUCCCCAGUAUGGCGCUUCAGGGAGAGGGCAAGGUCCCCCAGGCUAUCCGACAUCGUUCGGCGGCAGCAGCGGUGGUGGUGUCUCGCAAGCUCCCACUGCGUCUUCCCCGCCACCACAGUACCCCAUGCACGCGAUCUCACAUUCCCGUGACAUGGGACACGGCGCGCGCGAGCAAUGGCAGCAUCAAGGGAAUCAGCCACCUCCUCAGCAUGGCGGCUGGGGAAGAGAGCCACCCAAAUCCUCUCAGCCACCUCACCAAGCACACGCGUGGGCAGGCCAUCCAGGCCCUGGGACUCCCAAGGCCAGUUCAUCUUCAGGUAUGUGGCCUGCGCCGCCGCCGCCACAACAACAACUGCAGCAGCAGCAGCAGCAGCCGCCGCAAGCUCACCCUGGGAUGCGUGACGAAAGGGGACCACAUAUGUAUGGAUCUCAGCAGCAGCAGCAGCAGCAGCAAGCUCCGCCCCCUCAACACCAGAUGCAAGGACGCUAUGGGCCACCUCCCAACAGAGGGCCUGAUCACGUCCCGUCCCCCGCUCAAGCAUAUGCUCGAUACGCCUCGACGCCAGGACCCGGACCCGGCCCAGGGCCGCCGCCUCGAGAUACCAGAGACAUGCCUGGCCGAAGCUACACGCCAGUAUCAUAUGACGGCCGGGGGCAUCCACCACCGCAGGGCUACCAGGGCGACAUGCAAAUGCGCGAUCCUAGGGAGCAGCCGCCAGCGCAGUCCCGCGAUCCCAGGGACAUGAUGGGCAGGGGUCUACGGCCGCCGCCGUCAGAAUAUGAUAGGCAUCCGGAAAACUACGGGAGAUAGAAACCCCUUCCGGCAGGAGAUGACGAGGGUUGCGGAAUGGGAAGUGAUAUAAUUUUUCGACCGCAGUUCUUGUAUUUGCCCAAUGUAAAGGUGAAGUAUGGAUGAGAAAGAGGCCGCCGUUCUAAGGCUUGAUGCUCUGACUGCCAAGUUUGCAGCCGGGAGCGAGGGCGAGUAAUGAGUUCACGCACUCUCAUUGCGGUCAGUCUAGAGUGGAGCGAUUGUACAUUGGCAAGGCAACAUCAUGGGCUACCAUUGGAGGUGUACGUGUAGAUGUGCGGAUGGCGUCAGGAGUGCUUGGCCUGGGUUGGCAUGACAAUGGGAAUUAAGCGAAAUGU